CAGCGGGCGGCUGUCACAGGGGUCAAGUUUUACAUAUUGAUUGUGGGGGAGAAGGAGAAAUAAGAGAAUAAUUAAGAUAUAUUCGAGAGCAAGCUGAGGCCUGUACUGGACUUGGGAGGGUCUGUAGAGCGUGAUGGGCGGGGAGCAGAGCCGGGACGCGGGCGGCGGGGUGGGCGGAGGUGGGCGGGUGGAGGUGUCGGAGAGGCAGGCACCAGACUCUAACCGCCCCACCUCCACCUCCCCGCGACCUUCCAUCUGCUCCGACGGCGACCUCCCCUAUAUCUCCUACACCGUCAACAGACCCAUAGGCGACUCACCCAAGCACACGUCGCGGGGGAUGCGCGGGCUGCGUGGUGGGGGAGGGUCACCGCGCAGGACCCGUCGGCGACAGUUCCAGCAGCGACCUCAAGAGGUGGUGGUCGUCCGCGAGGCUGCCACCAACACCGCCGGUGUCGACCCCGAGUUGGCCAGACUUCAGUCCAUCCCGACGUUCCUGCCCAUCAUGCGGGGGGCGCUGACGGCACCGUCGGCACGUGAUCCAGAGGUCCUGGAGCGACUCAACGCGGGCGCCAUGGUGGAGCUGUGUCGCCGCUACCAGAUCCACCUGCACGCAGCGGCCGCCGCCACCAGCCACCACCAGGAUAACCUCUCCGCCAAGAUCAGGGAGAUGGACGCCGGCGUGAGCGGCCUGGUGUCGCAGGUGACGGAGCGACAGAAGAACUUCGCCAGGUACGCGGAGAAGCUGAGUCAGGUGACGGAGGUCAGUCACGCCCUCGCCCGCUGCCACGCCUCCCUCAACCACAUCCUCGAGAGCCUGGAGACCCUCAAUGACUCCCUGCCCAUCCAGGAGAGGCUGGAGCCCUUCGUCUGGACCACCGGCUGAUCUGCCGGCCGCUGGGUGACCGCUGGGGUGGGGAGGAAUGCAAUAAACACGAGAGUAUAGUGAGAAGGCUCACCUUACAACCUUACUUCCCCGCCCACUGACUGCGCGGGGAAGAAAUAGGAGUCGAGGAAGACAAUGGGAAAGAUAGUGUACAUGAAAUAAAUCAAGGGAAAUAUAGCUGAUGAAUGUAGUAAUUGAAGGGUGAGAGAAGAUGGCGGUAAUAUAGGUGGAAGAGGAACCCACGCGACAGGUCACAAAGAAUUAUGAAAAACACAAAUUGUAUAUAAAUCAGUAUGGUGGGCGUCUAGGUAGAUCAGCAAAGUAGAUGUGUACACGAAGGUAGAUCAACAGCGUGGGCGUGAGAAUAGUUUAGACAGUAAAGGAAAUGUGAAAUAUUUUGCACCCAAAUAAUAUGAAAGUAAAAAUAAUAAAACUUGAAAAAUAUAAUUUGAGUGCAAGGCCAUGAAAGAGGACCUAAUCUCGGAGAAACUUAAUGAGAAUACAAAAAAAAAUCUAUACAUGACAUGAAUUCAAAUAUACUCGUUGUAUUCACAGAUUGGGAAUGGUACUUACCCAUAGUCAACAUUCAGAAACCUGUUAAAUGUGAUUAAGGAAUGGGAUUGGUGUCAGGUGUGUGUGGAAUACGGUUGUGUUUUAAACCUAUUUAAUGCUAGGCUUAGGUUCUUUUUGGGGAAUAUGUUACUUAAACCCUAUUAAGUGGAAUGGCUGUAACCUAAGUGAUAACGAAACCUAUAUCAAAUGGGUGCACACAAUUUUAGCACGGUCAAAGUCUUUGUAAAAAUAUGUGUAUGUUAGGUGACCCCUCACUUUAAAUUUGAAUGUUGAUGUUGAGACGAUUCAGGCAUGAUGGUAGGGGGGGGGAUGAAAGGUGUUUCGUACACAACAUUGUGUGUGUGUGUCUGCCGUGUCAACUUUGUGUUAAUCUUUCGUGUUCUUGUUAUUGUAUUGUUAAAAUUCAACUUAGUCAUCCAUGGGAAAUGAGUUAAUGCUCUCCAGGUUGAAGCGAAUGGUGUUGAUUACAUUGUAUAUUAUUUAUUUAAAUAUUAAUGGUCAAAAUA